GGCACACGCUGAUACUCCAAACCCCCGACGCACAAUAGGAUCUAUUUCUGUAAAUGCACUCGGGUUAUCACUCUACUUGCCCCGAGCUAUUUCUCUCCCUCUCCCUCGUCCUCCUUCCCUCUCACUUGCUCCCUCACAGCCAUGGCCGACAGAAACAGCAGGGUCACCGUUAAGAGGAAGGAGAAGAAGUCAGAGAACAAGACAAACGAUGAGAAGGAAAAAGAAAAGACCAAGGGGAAGGAAAAAGAAAAAGUGAAGGAGAAAGGAAAGGAUAAGGGGAAGGAAAAAAAAGUGAAUAACUCCGACGCACCUUUGAUGAAGGCGGAGAAACCCGCCGGGCAGCCCGAGACGGAUGAAGAGAAGAGGAACGGGGAAGGCGGAGGCGCAACGGGAGCAGAGGCGACAAACAGCGAAGAAAAUGGAGAGUUUGAGCCAAUUGAACUGCCCCCGUUUGAGAUUGUAACUGGGGAACAGAUGAGCCCGUUCUACUUCAAGUUUCAGUUCAGGAAUGUGGAGUACUCCUCGGGGAGGAACAAGACCCUGCUGUGUUUCAGGGUUGAUACACCAGGAGGCAGUACAGAGCCUCUGAAGGGUUAUAUGGAGGAUGAACAUGCCACAGCUCACGCUGAAGAGGCCUUCUUUCAACAGGUGCUCCCUAACACUUCCCAGGAGUAUGAAGUCACAUGGUAUCUUUCAUCCAGUCCCUGUGUGGCUUGUGCAGCCAAGCUGGCUCACAUCCUCCAGCAGCGCAAGAAGGUCCGUCUCCGCAUGUUCUGCUCCCGUCUCUUCGAGUGGGAGGAGCCGGAGAUAGUGGAAGGGCUCCGGGCUUUGGUGAGCGCUGGUUGCAAACUGCGAAUGAUGAAGCCGUCUGACUUCGUACAUGUUUGGGAAACGUAUGUCGAGAAGGAGGACCAGAACUUCGAAGCCUGGGAGGACUGUCAGGAGAACUACGACUACUAUGUAGAGAAACUGACUGAUAUCCUCAAGUAGAUUUGCACAUGAUGGAGAGGAUCUUCCCAUUGACUGAACCACAAACUGGCCUAUUUGUUAAAUCCACAUUGGUCAAACUUGUGUUUCCUGCAGUUGCAUAUCAGUGUCAGCUAGAAUGAACACUCAUUGCAUCAUUUUGUAUUUUUUAUUCCGAUAACUUCAUAGGGAGACACAAAAUGCUUGAAUAUCAUAUUUGUAGAAUCACUCACUUUAGAUAAAUGUAAUGAAACAUGUAAUACGAUUAAUUGCUGAAACCUUUACUGUUAAAUAUGAGACUAACUUACAUUUACUGACAACGGGGGCCAGAUGAGUCAACAAUAUCCACUCAUGCAACUAAUUCACCACAUGUACCUGUGAAUCACAGUAAUAUCUGUCAUCAUUAUCACCGGCGACACGGCCUUAACAAAAAUAAUCAAUAAACCAAUAUUACUGAAUUAAUAGUUUAAAAUUUAGCUGCUACAUGUGUAAACUUCAAACAUGUUUGAUUGAAGUCUUACAGAAGGCUGUGCAGAACAACAAAUGAUAACACAAUCUUUAAUUGUGUGAGUGGGACAAAAGACGUACACGUUUUUUUUGUGAGUCCACAUCGUUUAAAUAUCUGGCCCCCGAUAUUUGAUAAAUGAUCCUGCAGAGCAGCACAUACUGUACGCACAGUGCUUUUGAUAAUUGAGAAACAAAAUAAGCUAGAAAAUGUAUAUGAUUCGUUCUUAUCACAUAAAUAACAAUGCAUAUUUUAACUGCCUUUAACCAUUUUAAAUAUGUACAACAAUACAAACUAAUAUCAUGCUAUCAGGUAAUACAGAGUGCAUCAAAAAGCAAUGCACAUUUAUAUGGCAUAUGUCUGUUGGCAGAGGGUGCAAUUUGUCAUAUUGAAUGCCAUUAAUCCCAUUAAAUUUUACAGUCCCUAAAGGGCA